GCGCGUACGGGCGAAAUCAACUCCAAAGUCACCACCUCUGGGCCCUAUUUUUUUGGGCUGUCACGGCCGUAUGUCAGGAAAGCAAUCCUGAUGAUGAAAGACUCGGAGAAACUGGUCAACUUUAAUCCACACGCACUAGACGAUUCACAGAAGUACGGCAGACGCCCUGGCAGCGAACGGCGCAACGAGCAGA